AUGUGUUCCCAGGCUUACCUGAGGAACUUCUACGGCUACAGGCCCGAGCCAGAGAGGCACAGGAGGGCUGCAGAGGUGGGGCCGCUCCUCUCAGCGGAGCUCCGCGACAAGGUACGUGAGAUGCAGCACUUCUUCGGUCUGCGUCAGAGCGGGGAGCUCACGGGGGAGACCCUGGCGGCGAUGAGGAGGCCCCGCUGUGGUCUGUCGGACGUGGAGCCGUUUGGGGAGACGGUGCGCUGGAGGAACAGAACCCUGACCUAUCGGAUCUCCACCUACCGCUCUGCCGCCCGACCCUCACUGGUCAGGAGAGCCUUCAGAGCGGCGUGGAAGCUGUGGGCCGAGGUCACGCCCAUCCGCUUCCAGAGACGCAGCAGGAGGGAGGCCGACAUCGUCAUCUCCUUCCACAGAGGAGACCACGAAGACGGAGCGCCGUUUGAUGGAGAGGGCGGUGUUCUGGCCCACGCCUUUCUACCCGGAGCAGGCAUCGGUGGGGACGUGCACUUUGAUGCAGACGAAGACUGGACCUUCAAUGCCACCGGUUUCAACCUGUUUGCAGUGGCGGUGCAUGAGUUUGGACAUGCUCUGGGUCUCGCUCACUCAGCAGACCCGGGGGCGAUCAUGUAUCCAGCCUACAAUUUCAUCCCUCAAGCUGAGCUCCAGCUCUCCUACAGAGACGUCAAAGACGUCCAACACCUGUACGGCCUCAAUCCCAACUUCGAAGAAAUGUCCUUGAAGAGGCCACCGCCAAAGACACCCAACAAAUGUGACCCAGGUUUGUCAUUUGACGCCGUGACAGGAUUGCAACAGGAGAUCCUGUUUUUUAAGGACAGGUUUAUGUGGCGCGUGCAUCCUAUGUUUGAAGAGACAAAGAUCACGCUGAUAAACGGGCUGUGGAUGGAGGUGCCUCCUUUUCUGGAUGCGGCCUAUGAGAACAUAGAGAUGAACAAAAUGCUGUUUUUCAAAGGUUCUCAGUACUGGGCGAUUCGUCAGUUAAAACUCCUUGAAGACUACCCCAGAAACAUCUCAGACUUCAGCUUCCCCCCCAGAAUCCAGGCUAUAGAUGCAGUUCUUCACAUCCGUGUAGCACUCCUUACUGUGUUUUUCACCGGACAUGAGUGCUGGAGCCUGGCAGUGGCAGUGUACUCUGUACCACUACUGUCACCUACCGAAGAAGAUGAAACUCUAGCAGAUUCUUACCUGAAGAGGUUCUAUAACCUAACGGAGCAGGUGGGGUCCAAGGCCAGAAAUGGGCUGUUCGAGCGAUACGAAAAAGUCAGUGAGAUGCAGAGGUUCUUCAGGCUUAAGGUAACUGGUACGCUGGACCAUGAGACCAUGCACAUGAUGAAGAAACCCCGCUGUGGUGUACCAGACGUCGCUGCCUUCUCCACCUUCCAAAACAGCCCCAAAUGGCAGACCAACCAACUUACCUACAGGAUUGUAAACUACACGCCCGACAUGUCUGCGUCAGAAGUAGACUUCUCCAUCGAGAAAGCUCUCCAGGUGUGGGCUAAAGUCUCCCCUCUGACGUUCACACGGAUCUACAGUGGCAACGCUGACAUCAUGGUCUCCUUUGGAGGGAGAGAGCAUGGUGAUUUCUACCCCUUCGAUGGCCCAGAUGGCACCCUGGCGCACGCAUUUGCCCCUUCCCCUGGCAUCGGAGGAGACGCCCACUUUGACGAGGACGAGACCUUCACUUUCGGCUCAAGCAGAGGGUACAACCUGUUCAUGGUGGCUGCCCAUGAGUUCGGUCACUCCAUGGGUUUGUCCCACUCCAACGAUGUGGGCGCUCUGAUGUACCCAAUCUACCAAGGAUACAACGACCCCAACACCUACGUUUUGCCCCGUGAUGAUGUCAACGGCAUCCAGUCCCUCUAUGGCCCCAACUCAGAUGUGAACCCAGACAAACCUGAUCCUAAACCACCCACGACCCCUGAUGCCUGUGACCCCACACUGGUCCUGGAUGCCGUCACCACUCUGCGUGGAGAGCAGAUGUUCUUCAAGGGCAGGUUCUUCUGGCGCGUGAACUCUCAGAGCAGUACAGCGCAGCAGAACGUCAUCAAGACCUACUGGCCCGAGCUACCUGACAACGUUGAUGCUGCCUAUGAGAGUGGAGAGAAUUACAAUGUCUACAUCUUCAAAGGUAGCCAGGUCUGGGCUCUCUCUGGCUAUGAUGUUAUCCGAGGCUAUCCCAAAUCCCUCAGCAGUUUGGGUUUACCCAGGACAGUGAGAAAGGUUGACGCCGCCUUCUAUGAUGAGCAAUCUCGCAAAACCUUCUUCUUCAUUGAUGAAAACUACUAUAGUUAUGACGAGGCGAGGAAGACAAUGGACGAUGGCUUCCCCAAACUUAUAGGAGAUGGCUUUCCUGGCAUCGGUGGCAAAGUGGCUGCAGCCUUCCAAAACCAAGGUUAUACCUACCUCUUCAAGGGGCCCUACGUUUACGAGUUCAGCCUCAGGAGUAAAAGGCUGUACCGUGUUCUCAGGAACAGCUACUUCCUUACUUCUGAUUCAUCGGCAACCAGACCUUCUUUUCGGCAGCAGGAGAAGGUUGUAAUUAUGGAGCGUGCAGUGGUUACUACGUUAAUAUCGGUGGUGGUUUUGACUCUGUGUGAAGCUGCCCCCACUACUACUCAAAGCCCAGAUGAACAGUCAAGAGCAGAGGUCUAUCUAUCCCAAUUCUAUUCCAUUCCUGGUCCCUCUGACGCCCAAGCCAGACAGAUCACGGUGGGUUCCUUUGAGACGAGUUUGGAGAGCAUGCAAGAGUUCUUUGGUCUGGAGGUGACAGGCAAGCUCGACACCAAUACCCUAGAAGUGAUGUCUAAGCCCCGCUGUGGUGUCACAGACCUGGCCAGAUACGGACACUUCUGGGGAAAACCCCGCUGGGAGAAGAGUGUUGUUACUUACAGGAUAACUGAGUACACGUCAGACCUCAGCAGAAGUCAGGUGGAUACAAUCAUUGCUGAUGCUUUCAAGCUUUACAGCAUCGUCAUCCCCCUGGACUUUACACAGACGUACAGUGGCACAGCAGACAUCAUGAUCCUGUUCAAAGCCAGGAACCACGGCGACUUUUCUCCAUUUGAUGGGCCAGGUGGGGUGCUUGCCCAUGCCAGUUCCCCAGGAGAAGGUGAAGGGGGGGACACACACUUUGAUGAGGACGAGGCCUGGUCUCUGAGCGACAGAGGGAUCAACCUGUUCUUAGUGGCUGCUCAUGAGUUUGGCCAUGCUCUGGGACUUGACCACUCACGUGACCGCUCAGCCCUGAUGUUCCCCACCUAUCAAUAUGUGAGAACUCAGGGUUACAAGCUACCUGCUGACGACACACGUGGAGUACAGGCUUUGUAUGGUGUUCGAACACCAUCUCAACCAGAUUCCAAACCUCAACCCAAACCUGAACCCAAUCCAAACCCUGAGCCCAGACCAGACCCUCCAGUAAGAUGUGACAGGAAUCUUGUCUUUGACGCAGUAACUUCUAUUCAAAACGAGCUUUACUUCUUCAAGAAUGGGUAUUUCUGGAAAAAGAAUGGUUAUUCAACUGGUGUGACGUCACGGCCUGUGAAAUCCAUUUGGCCACAAAUCAACUCCAUCGAUGCUGCAUAUGAAUACAAGAAAAGAAACAUUGCCUACUUCUUUGAAGGAGAUCAUUACUGGGGCAUCAGAGGCAACACCAUGCUCCCAGGCUAUCCCAAAUCUCUGUCCAACUUUGGGUUUCCCUCAUCGGUGAAAAAGAUAGACGCUGCUGUCCAUGUGGCGUACACUGGAAAAACACUCCUGUUUGUGAGCGGCAGAUACUGGAGUUUCAAUGAAAGGAAAGGCAAAAUGGACCGUGGAUACCCUAGAUACAUCCGCCAUGACUUUCCUGGCAUUGGCUACAAGGUGGAUGCUGCUUUUGAAAACUAUGGUUACUUGUACUUCUCCGACGGCGCCAAGCAAACAGAAUACUAUUACCCAUUGAAGAGAGUGGUCCGUGUUCUGCUUAACUACGGGUGGCUGAACUGCUACUAGGAAAUCAGCACCCUCAAGCCAUGGGCUACUAUCACUGUGUACGCCAAGUUUUAGACCUGAACAAAUAUGAAUUAAUUAAUACGAUUGCUUUCUCAUUACAUUAAUGAAUCUUGCAACUAGAUGGGGGCUCCAUUUCUAGGAGCCCUAUCUAAAAACAAAAAAAAGCUAUCUAGCACCAUGAAUGCAGCGUCUUCUUUUAGUGCUUGCAAAGACAGUGUUGAUUGUCAUCCCCCUGAUGUUUCUAGUGAGAGUAAAACCUCCCAUAUUGAGCUACUAUUUAACUGCCCUUCAUUCCUGUGUUCUAUGUCCAGUCCUCUGAAAUGCUCAGCUUGAGUGUAUCAGACACCUGCACCUUACAGAUCUGUAAUAAAUACUUUUAUUUUGUCUUGAA